AUGGAGGCCUCUGGAGCGGGUCACAAAGACAUCGUCGCUGCCUUGCGGCUCUCGAAAGCCAACGUGGAUGCGGUGGACGAGUACGGCAAUACGGCGCUGCACUAUGCGGCGUAUCACGGGCACCUCAGCUGCGUCACGGAGCUGUUGAAGUCCAACCCGCGCAAGGACCUCCAGAAUAGCUACGGCCACACCGCAGCCAGCUAUGCAGCCAGCAACAAAUACAAGGCCAUCGCGGACUUGUUGUCACGGCCACCCUCCAAGCGUGAACUGGCCAUGCAGAACAAGGAGAAGAAAGCUAAGACAGCCAAGGAGGAUGCAGAGGAGGAAGACGACUUGAAGGAACUCCAAGAUUUGAUAGAGAUGGGCAAGAGCAAACGCGCUGAGAAGGGCGACAAGGACAAGGAAACCAAGCCCAAGCGGGUAAAGGGUAGUGCGGAAGACCUGCACCAAAAAGAGGACACCUUUGCUCCAAAAAUCGAGCAAGUGACUGGUGGAGCUUUGAGCAGUAAAGAAAAGAAAGCCCUGGAGGAGCAGAUCGCCAAGCUGAAGCGGCGCCAUGAAGAUGCCGAGCUCAAGAACCAAAAGCGCAUCGUCGAACUCUUGGAAGCAAGCACGGGACAUCAGCAAGCCAUCGAUGAAGCCGAGCGCGCGGCACGUGGCUAUCAGCUGAAUUUGACGGAGCUCUCCAUGCGAGUGCAGGAGUUGGAGUCCAAGCAUCACAGUAGCGAGCUGCGGGCUACGGAGGAAAAGGAUCGUGCAGAACGCUUGCAGCGCGAGAUGCAGGAGGCCGAAAUCGAGGUGCAGCGGCAGAAGGUGAGAGCCGAGGCGGCGGAGAAGGAGCGCGACUUGCAUGCUGAGGUGGCAAAGCGGCACGAGGAGAAUUUGAAGCAUCGAAGGGAGGAGGUGAAUGACCACCUGCAGCAGUUGGAGAAACAGCAGCAGGAGAUGUCAUCUCUGUUGAGCGAUGUGAAGAAACAGUCCGAGGAGACCAAGAUACCUGAUGGGGAUACAAGAGGAUACUCGGGCGCCAACUGCGAACUCCAACAGGGUGCCGGGAGCAUUCUGGUGGUCAAGGGCCUGGUUUGUCCUCCCAGUUGGUGCUACGGGAACACAAAGCCAGAGCAAGCGAGGGCCUUCAGUUGUCCCAGCUGGCGCUUCUUGGUAUAG